CAUUUUUCGAGUUAUAACUCUGAAGGACGAGAAAGCAAAAAUAACUUUCGUUGUUCGUUGUUUCCAGUGAACUCGUCGAUCAACAUUUAGAAAAAAUGGCAGCCACUCAAUCAACCAUUACCACUGCUGCUGCUUCAGAUAAUCAAGAUUUCAGAUCAAGUACAAGAACCGCCACUGCUAAUCUGGACGUUGUUACACCACUUUUAAACGAACUUCAAAAUUUGAAUUUAGUGAAAGAAGAGCAGCUAUUUUGGGAUCAUUUUAUUAAAAAUGCAACUUCGUCUGAGGAACGUAUUCACUUAUUAAAAAAAUUUGUAGUAUCACAGCAAUAUCCACAGAAUGAACGUGGCAUCCCUCAUGCUUUGCGUCGUUGUAUUUGGCAAGCACUUGCUCAAUCUUCUUCUGCAUGCCAUACUUCUCUUUCCUAUCAGCAAUUACUAUUGGAUUCUCUGGUCAUUGCCGAUGAAAAAAUUAUGAAUCAUGAUAUGAAAGCUCUCCAUUUGUCUGUCAAUCAACAUAAUGCAGUUAUGCGUGUUUUGAAAGCUUACUAUGUUUAUGAUAAAACGGUUGGUUAUAGUCGUGGUAUGGCUUAUGUAGCGCAUCCUUUGCUCAGUGUGAUGCCAGAAAAUGAGGCAUUCAGUGUGUUUGUCAGGUUGAUGGAAGUGCAUCAAAUACGUUCUUUGUUCCUAUCAUCCAGUACAGAUGGUAUUGAAGCUCACUUGCGUCAAUUUCAACAACUUUUGGCUCAAUUAUGCCCUGAUUUGAAUAGCCAUUUUACAAAACUCUCGAUCUACCCUUCAAUGUAUGCAUCUGAAUGGUUCUUGGGACUUUGUGCAACCGUCGUUUCCGAUCGUCAGAUUAUUCCACGUUUGUACGAUAUUGCUUUACUGGAAGGUGCUCUUGAAACAGUAUAUCGUGUUGGUUUAACGCUACUGUUGAAGAAUCGGUCAAUACUUCUCAAAUUGAAUGAAGCGAAGAAAAUCACUAAUUACUUAGCAUCUGAUAAGCCCUACAAGGCGAUCUAUGAACAUGAUCUGUACGGAUAUCAGUUUAUAAGUGAUAUUCUCUCUCUCAGUAGUUUCGUCGCCAAAAACUUGUCUUCCUCUUCAUUUUAUUCUUUGCCGAAAUCGCAAAAAGUUGAAGGAUUAAAGGGCCAACAAAUGAUUCCAACCACUACCAGCAUAACUUCCGUAAACAUAAAACCAGAAUCUACGGUUUUAGAAAUUGCAAGUAACUCCACUGUUCCAGAGAGCAUUGAUAGCGGUCUUUCCUGGAAGCAUGUAGCGGUUCAAACAUCUGUAUUACCGGCCGGUCAUUCUGCGCAAAAUACUGUUACAGCUACUAGUUCUAAUUAUUACAAACAAUUGCAGGAUAUGUUAUCAGCUAUGGCUCAGUUGAAACAUGAAAAUUCAAACUUAGUCGAAGAAAAUAUGGCACUCAAAAUGUGUGAAUUAAAGAGUGAAGCUGCUCAAACAAAGCUUGCGAAACGAAACGCUGUGCUAGAGAAGAGAGUCAAGAAAUAUAAAGUAAAAUUAGCCAAUGCCAGUAUGAGCAACAACAUUCAAAAUACCACAGAAGAAUCCAAUACUACGGCAGCAAUGGCAGCAAUCACAUCUACGGCAGCAGGAAUAAGCACAACAUCUUCUGAGUCCAAGCAGAAACAUCAGUAUUCUUCAUUUGUUGAUACACUACGUGAAACAGGUGAAUUCGGUGCUUUAGUUGCGGGCGCUUUGGUUCCUUCUUUAGAAUCACCUAUCAAAGCAGCAGAAAAAGAAGAAGGUGCAGUUAAUGGAGGCGUAAUGCAGCGUCAACACUUUUCAAGCACCUCUGAAGAGGAAGAAGAAGAGGAAGAGAAUGACGGAGAGGAUGGCAUGAAUAAAACUAACAGCAAGAAAUUGGAAUCAGCUACUACCGCAUUACAAAAUGUAACCUCUGAGUUAGUUGCUGUCAAACUAGAACAUUUUGAACUGAAGCAACGUUUUGAUUCACUUGUUCAGCAAAAUCAACAAUUGAAUGGACAAAUACAAUCCAUGCAGACGUCUCAAACUAACCUAGUGCAGAAGAUUAUUUAUUUGGAAAGUGAAUUAGAAGACGUUCAGACAGAACGUGAUCAGAUCUAUGGAGACCAAGAAGAAGUACACGCAAUGGCUAUGGUAGCAAAAAAAACAGCGGCUGAAUUGCAAAUGGAAAAACUCGCUUUAGCAAAGGAGGUCGAAAGAUUAGAAGCCAAUGUUAAGGCACUGGAGGAGGAAAAGAGGAACUUUUUUAUGCCUCGUGAAUCGUUCACAGAAGAAGUGUUUGCUGCUCAUUCUAUUCUCUUUGGUGGUGCCAAAAAGCAACAGUCAAUACAGCAACAGAAAGAUAUUACAAGACGUCAUACUUUACAGCUUGGCAAGAGCAGUAAUCAUAUCGUUGAAAACGAUGAAUUUAAGGAUAAAUACAUUGAGAGUGAACUUCGUUGCCGAGAGCUCGAAAAGUACCUUGCAGAAACAAAGGUAAAACUGGCAGAGUACGAAUCUUCUCUGGUUGUUGGGAGCCGUUGUACUAGUCCACGAGGUUCUUUGCAACAGCAUCGUCGCGCUUCUUCCUCUAUUGGCGGGGCUUACCACAAUAAUUCCAAGCGUCAUUCGGCUGCUUCAUUGUCCAUGUUGGCGAAUAGAGGGAGUACACCUACAUCACCCAGUAGCAGCAGAGCCGAAGAUCGCCGGGAAUCAACAGAGAGCUAUGCGUCUUCCAUCACUUCUAUGACUUCAUUGAAUAGCAGCAAUUGUAAUAGUAAAAGAUCGAGUGUUUAUUCCAGAAUAUGGAACGCGUUCGGCUCACCCACAACACCAUUAAUUCCCGCUGCUACAAUGCAAAGUAAGCACGAAGUUAUGUGUGAAGAGCCUCAAAUACUUGAACAGCAAUAAAAGAAACACAUUGUACCCGCAAAAAAGUUCAAUAGUAAGGGAGUCAUUUUUUUUAUUCCAUACCCAACACUAUUAAUUCGUCACUUGAUACAUCUAAAGAACAAGAUUUUAUUGCUAACCUCCCACCUCCCGCCUCCCUACUGUUACCUAAUCAGAUUGAGAUUUUUAUAUAUAUACACAUCGAUAGCAUAUUCCUACCAGUCUAUAAAACAUUCCUUUUUGCUGCCAUUACCUUGUCCCUCAAUUUCGAGUAGAUAGCUCGCUUUAAGCAACAAGGCUUGAAUAGUAAGAAAAUAUUUUGACUUUUCCCCACAGCCAUACAUACAUAUAAUAAACUUGCUCAACAUAUUAAAUGAGAUCUAAUGGUACAGC